UGUCGUGGUUGUAUGUAACCACCUCACUGGGAUCAGGAGCAGGCCCAUGUCUCCAGGAGGCAGGACUCUUAACAGACAAUCCCAUUGUGAAGGCUAAUCUCCAGCAAGUUCCCCUUGGGGGGAUGGGCUGGAAAUAAAAAGAAGAAUCAUUCAGGCUGCAUCCAGUGACCUCGUCUAACAGACGCAGAGAUGAGGAGCCUGGCAGUCAUCCUGGUGAUCGCCCUGAUUGUAACUGACUUUGGCAUGCUGACUGGUCUACCUCUGGGCCUUCAGCCCAGCCUGAGAUGCAGAUGCCUCAAGCAAACCUCAGACGUCAUCGGUCCUGGAAGGAUUAGUGCUGUUGAGGUGAUUUCUCAGGGGAUUCAUUGUCGGCGGCAGGAGAUUAUCCUUACCCUGAAGACUAAACAGAGAGUCUGUGUGAUUCCCGGAGCAGCAUGGAUCCAGCUGCUGCUUCAUAAGCUUGUGCAGAGUAAGACCGUCCAUGCAGUCCAGUUCCUUAAGUGAGUUUUCCCAGCAAAGGAAACAGAACAAAAGCAGGCUUAUUAAUGGACUGACAUCCUUUCUUGGAAAGCAACUCUUCAGACUUCGCAACUACUGUUACUUCUUCGUUGUACUAUUUGUAUUCUAAUAAGCAUGUUUAAGACCUGCAGUUUAAAAAUCUGUAGUUACUUGUAAUUUCCCUCACCAACAUCAGGGACAGAAUAUGGACUUGUGCCUAUUUUGAUAGGCACAAUAAGGAUGAACUCUGUCUUGUGAGAGCUUAAUAUUUUCUACUGAGACAAAUACUGUGAAGAGCUUAGUUCCCAAUAUAGCAUGGGGAAGAUUCAACGAAGUCUCUCUGUUCCUGCAUAAGUUAACUAUGAAAUAAUUUGUAAGUGCACUAUUCUACUCUAUAUCAUAGGGUAAAACUCUGCUUUCUCAUCUGUCCCCUCCUGAGAUCUUGGCCAACUGCCUCUGUCUUCUUUUCCUUGGUCCCCUUAGGCAUGGUGUGAUUUCUGCAAAGUUCUCUGCAAGGCCCUAGUCUCUACUUUUCAGUCCCUCUUACCUCGCUUUUCCUGUGCUGCCUAUAGUAACGGUGACAGAUUUGUACAGAAAACAAACAAACCUUCCCCUAGUUUCUGUCUACCUGCCUCUUAGAUUGUGUGCUUGGGACAAGGGCUCACAUUCUGGUGUGUCUAGAAAGAGCCCAAGAAAGAGAUUGGGGCGUCUGCUGCAAACAAGUGCAUCAGAGUGACUGCUUGAAUAAGACUUUCAGGACUCCAUUAUUUGAGUGCUGGAAAUAUCAAGGCAGACUUGCAUUUCCACUGCAGAGCCCAUUUUCAGAUGACAUAAGUUGACUAAAACUGUGUAAGUACAGGUUAUACGCAGGAAUUUCUGUGG